CCGCCGCCGCCGUCCCCUCCCCGUCCCCGCCCGCCGGGUGCCGUCGGAGGUUGACAGGUCGAGGCGGGGAGGCGGCGGCGGCGGCAGAAAGCCGAGCGCCCGAGACCGAGACCCUAUGGGGAACGCUACGAGUUACAGCAGCGAAGACGAAGCGGCAGCCGCCGGGGGUGAGGGCUGGAGCCCGCACCAGGACUGGGCUGCCGACUCGGGGACGACCCUCGGCGCGGGCCCAGUGGCCCCGGCGCUGCCGCCUCCCGCGGCGCUGCUGGAGCCGGCCCGACUGCGAGAGGCGGCGGCUGCGCUGCGACCCGGGCCGACCUGCGAGUCCCUGGUGUCCAGGCACCACGGAGCGCUGUUGCGCUGGCUGGAGGAGCAACUGGGCCGCGGCGAAGAGUCCGUCACCCUGGAGCAGUUCCGGGAGCUGCUGGAGGCUCGUGGCGCUGGCUGCUCCGGCGAGCAGUUCGAGGAGGCCUUUGCCCAAUUUGAUGCUGAGGGAGAUGGUACAGUUGAUGCUGAGAACAUGUUGGAAGCCCUCAAGAAUUCCAGUGGAGCUAAUCUCCAGGGGGAGCUGAGCUACAUCAUGAGACAGCUGCAGGCUUGUUCGCUUGUUCCAGGUUUCAUAGACAUAUUUGCAGAGUCAAAGGAAGGCCUGGAUGUGCACUCGUCAGGGAUUCUACGCUUCUUGCACCGCAAUCGGGCCUCUGGACUGGCCAUCCCCUACCCCAUGUUGGACCACUGCAGUACCAUGAGCACUAUGAGGGCUUCAGUGCUAAAGGAAUCUCUGGAUCAACUGGUACAAAAAGAAAAAGAAGGCCCUGGGGAUCUAACUAGAAGCCCAGAGAUGGAUAAACUCAAGUCAGUAGCAAAGUGCUAUGCUUAUAUAGAAACCUCUUCCAAUCCUGCGGACAUUGAUAAGAUGACAAAUGGAGAAACAUCAUCUUACUGGCAGUCAGAUGGCAAUGCCCGCUCACACUGGAUCCGUUUAAAAAUGAAGCCAGAUGUUGUGCUUAGGCACCUAUCCAUUGCAGUGGAUUCCACUGACCAGAGCUACAUGCCACAGCAGGUGACAGUAGCUGUGGGCAGAAGAGCUGGCGAUCUUCAGGAAGUCCGGGAUGUGCACAUUCCCAGUAACGUUACCGGCUACGUGACCCUGCUGGAAAAUGCCAACAUCAGUCAGCUCUAUGUCCAGAUUAACAUAAAGCGUUGUCUUAGCGAUGGAUGUGACACUAGAAUUCAUGGCUUGAGAGCUGUUGGCUUUCAGAGAGUUAAAAAGAUUGGGGUCUCAGUCUCAGAUGCUUCUGCAAUAUGGUAUUGGUCUCUGCUGACAUCUCUGGUGACGGCAUCCAUGGAGACAAAUUCCGCCUUUGUCCAGACAGUGCUGCACAACACUCAGAAGGCACUGCAGCACAUGCCUCCACUCUCCCUCUCACCAGGAUCUACAGAUUUCUCAACUUUCCUGUCUCCCAAUGUUCUGGAGGAAGUGGAUAGCUUCCUUAUAAGGAUUACUAGUUGCUGUUCUACCCCAGAGGUAGAGCUGACUCUUUUGGCUUUUGCGCUGGCAAGAGGAAGUGUUGCCAAAGUGCUGAGCUCUUUGUGCACCAUCACUGACCACCUGGACACACACUAUGAUGCCUCAUCCCUCAUCUCAUCCAUGGCAUCAGUCAGGCAGAACCUGCUCCUGAAAUAUGGUAAACCUCUUCAGUUAACUCUUCAGGCCUGUGACGUGAAAGGAAAAGAAGAUAAGUCAGGACCUGAAAACCUCCUUGUUGAACCAUGGACUAGGGAUGGUUUUCUUACAGAGACAGGAAAAACCAGAGCAAGUACUAUUUUUUCUACAGGAACUGAAUCUGCUUUUCAAGUUACACAGAUCAGAAUCAUGGUUCGACGUGGGGGCAUUGGUGCCCAGUGUGGGUUGGUGUUUGCUUAUAACUCAUCUUCUGAUAAAUUCCAUGCAGAAGAACACUUCAAAAGGUUUGAAAAAUAUGACAAAUGGAAGCUUCAGGAGUUCAGGCAAUUUGUAAAAAGCAGGAUUGGUUGCUCAUCUGAUGACCUUGGAGAGAAUGAUCCUAUUGGCUGGUUUGAGCUGGAAGAAGAGUGGGAUGAAGCGGAUGUCAAGUUGCAACAGUGCAGAGUUGCCAAAUAUUUGAUGGUGAAGUUCCUCUGCACCCGUCAAGAAUCGGCAGAGCGCUUGGGAGUUCAAGGCUUGAGCAUCAGUGGGUACCUCCGACCUGCAAGAGCAGAAGCAGAACAGAGCAUUGCCUGUGCUCCAUGCAGAAAGGACACGGAAAAGAGUGUCUGUGGGGCCACGCUCCUCCUCAAAACUCUUCAGUUUAUCCAGCAGCUUGCCCAUGAUCUGGUGCAGCAGAAGGAAAGUCACUUAAGAUAUAAAUCUUUUCUGGACUUCGCGGGUCUUGAUUUGCAGAUCUUCUGGAAUUUUUACAAUAAAUUAAAGCAAAACUCGAGAGAAGAAUGUGUCUGUGCUCAAACUCUGCUUCUGCAGCUCCUCCAGAGCUGUUUCUCGGUGCUGCCAGGAGACGUGCCAGCUGCCUCUGAAGGGGCAAAGACUCCCAGCCAGAGCCCUGGACGGGUGGAGGCUGCCAAGGAGCUCUACACACACUUAUGUGAUGUGGUGGAUAGAGUGGAUGGAGACUUUGUGCCUAUGGAGAUAUUAAAACAAGAAGUCAGGAACACCCUUCUCAAUGGGGCUGCCGUCUUCUUUCCUGAUCGACAGAUCCGGCGGAACCAUCUCUUCUCCAUGAUGAAGAAUGUCAUUGAGCAAGAACACAAGCAGUCUUUGCAGCUUACUUUCCGCUCUCUGUGCACGUAUUUUAGUGAUAAAGAUCCAGGCGGCCUUCUACUUUUACCUGAGAAAGGCGACCUGGCUGACAUGAACAUCAGUGAAGUAUUGGCGGUCAUGAGCACUCUCCUCUCUGUUGCUGCCCGAGAGUGUGAGCUGUUGAUGCUCAAUGGGGCCAAAGGGGAGAUUGGCUCUGUGCUCUUCUCCCUGUUCUGGUCUGUCCAAGGCAGCCUGCUCUCCUGGUGCUACCUGCAGCUGAAGAGCACUGACAGCGGAGCCAAAGAUCUUGCAGUUGACCUUAUCGAAAAAUAUGUGGGACAGUUUCUGGCAAGCAUGAGAGUGAUUUUGGAAUCCCUUUUGUCACAGUAUAGUGGAAAAACCAUUGUAGAAAAAUUAUGUAAUUCAGUGUUUUCUAUGGCAGCUCGUCAACUGGUAAUCUUUCUGCUGGACUUUUGCACUUUAGACAUUUCACACUGCACUCUCUUGAGAGAGUUCAGCUCCCUAACAGAACUGUUGAAGAAGCUCUGCAGUGACCCAGAAGGAGGGCUGAGCAAGCUGGAUGUCGAGACUUGGCAACAGGAAGAACCUGUGGUGUUGCAUACAUGGACCAAGGAAUCUGCCCACAACUAUGAAAAUAAUUGCCAUGAAGCAUUUAUCUUUGUUAGCCCAGGGGCAACCUAUUUUGAGGUGGAAUUUGAUGAGAGGUGUGAAACUGAAAAAAGGUAUGAUUAUCUGGAAUUUACUGACUCUAGAGGUGGAAAAACACGCUAUGACACAAAAGUUGGCACUGAUAAAUGGCCCAAGAAAGUGACCUUUAAGACUGGUCCUCGGCUGCAGUUUCUCUUCCACUCUGACAGCAGUAAAAACGAGUGGGGCUACAAAUUCACUGUCACUGCCUUUGGCCUGCCUGAUGUUGCCGUGUCUUGGGGACUGGACUUACAACUCCUUGUUACCCGGCUGAUGGGACGCCUUGCUGCCCAGUGCAUGGCGCUCAAAUCUGUCCAUCAGUUAGGAAGUAACAUGGCAGUACCGCAGGCAAAAAUGGCUUUAGUCCUAAACUCCCCUUUAUGGAAACCUGUCUUCAGGCAUCAAAUAUGUCCAGAGUUGGAAAUGGAAGCAAGCUGGCCCACUCACCCACACCAGGAUAGUAAAGAGGUUAAGAACAUCCCUGAUGAUCCCUGCCGCCAUUUUCUUCUUGAUUUUGCACAAUCAGAUCCUGCCCAGAACGUCAGUGGGCCAUAUUCAGAACUUUUCAAAGGAUUCAUACAGGCAUGUAGAAAGCAGGCCCCAAAGACAGAUAUAGUUGCUGGUUCCACUAUUGAUCAAGCUGUGAACGCCACCUUUGCUGCUCUGGUGUAUCGCACUCCAGACUUAUAUGAGAAGCUGCAAAAAUAUGUAUACAGUGGGGGCAAGACAGCCUUGAGUGAGGAGUUUGCACAGGUGUAUUCCUUGGCAGAUGGAAUUCGAAUAUGGAUGCUAGAGAUGAAGCAGAAGUCCCUGGUGAGCCUGGGGAAUGAGGCAGAAGAAAAACACGUGUCGGAAGCAUCAGAGGCGAACCCUGAGAUCCUGGCAAAAGAAUGUAUUCAGAAAAGUCUUCUAUUACUAAAAUUUUUGCCGAAAAAAAGUAUAAGUUCAAAAGAAAGCUGUGAGAAGUCAUUGACUACAGAUGAAACUGAUCACCUGCAGCCACUUGACAAACGCCAGAGGACAAGCUCUGUGGUGGAAGAGCAUUUCCAAGCCUCAGGAUCUCCCACAGAAGCAGAUCCCUCUGGAAACAGGAGUCCUGGCUUGGAUGUCCAGCAAAAUCUGCCACCCAGCCUUAGCCCUCCUGCCACGGAAGUGUCCUCUGCCACCACUGAAGAGCCCUCGUCACCUUCUACACCCACUCGGCGGCCUCCCUUCAGCCGAGGGCGACUCAGGCUUCUCUCCUUCCGAUCCAUGGAGGAAGCCAGACCAGUGCCCACAGUAAAAGAGAAAUACCCAGUGCUAAAGGAUGUGAUGGAAUUCAUUAAAGAUCAGUCACUCUUGCAUGAGAGUGUUAUAAAGGUCCUUUCCCUGAAGAAAGCCCAAGCCCAGAGCAUCCUUGAAGCCCUGAGAAUAAUUCAGUAUUGUUCAGAAUCCCUUGGACAGCCUCACUGCUUCCACCCGUCUUAUAUACUUUUCCUGCUGGAACUUCUGACCUGCCAGAAAGAGUUUACUAAUUAUUUUGGACACUUGGAAGGCUGUGGUGCAGAGCUACACAAGGAAAUUCGAGAUACUUACUAUCAACUGGUUCUGUUUUUGGUCAAAGCAAUCAAAGGAUUUAGUAGCAUAAAUGACAGGUCCUUGCUGCCUGCUCUGUCCUGUGUUCAGACUGCUGUGCUACAUCUUUUGGACAUGGGCUGGGAACCCAGUGAUCUCACCUUCUUUGUUGACAUUCAGUUACCAGAACUCCUCAUGAAAAUGUCACAGGAGAAUAUAAGUGUCUAUGACAGUGUGAUCAGCCAAUGGAGUGAAGAAGAUGAGCUUGCUGAUGCCAAGCAGAAUUCAGAAUGGAUGGAUGAGUGUCAGGAUGGCAUGUUUGAGGACUGGUAUGAAAAAAUAGCCCAGGAAGAUCCAGAGAAGCAGAGGAAAAUGCACAUGUUUAUUGCUCGCUACUGUAACCAGUUAAAUGUGGACAUCUCUUGUGAUGGAUGUGAUGAGAUUGCCCCUUGGCAUCGCUACCGGUGCCUGCAGUGCAGUGACAUGGAUCUCUGCAGAACUUGCUUCCUAGGUGGGGUAAAGCCUGAGGGCCACGAGAAUGACCAUGAGCUGGUGAACAUGGAGUUUACCUGUGGUCACUGCAAGGGUUUCAUCAUAGGUCGGAGGAUAAAUUGCAAUGUGUGUGAGGACUUUGAUCUCUGCUAUGGAUGCUAUGCAGCAAAGAAGUAUUCCUUUGAGCAUUUGCCUACUCACAGCAUGACGGCCCAUCCGAUGGUGACCAUUCACCUCAGUGACCAGCAGAUCCUCAUCCAGCCCUACAUCCAUAACUAUGCCUGGCUGCUCUUUGCUGCCCUGGCUCUCUACAGUGCCCACCUGGCCAGCUCAGAGGAAGUGGAUGGUGAGAAGCUGGAUCCCCAGGCCCGUAGCAGUGCCGCCGCCCUUCGGAGCCAGUGUAUGCAGCUUGCUGGGGACUGUCUGAUGAAGGCUCACCAGGGAAAAGGUCUGAAAGCUCUUGCUCUUCUUGGUAUAUUGCCAGAUGGUGACUCUGCCCCAGAAAAGCAGGCUGCACCUGUCACUGUGUCCACCCGAACAUCAGAGGAGCAACCAGAGAAGAAAGCCAUCCGGCCUGCUGAGACGCUGUCAGACACAGGCCCUUUUGUGCUCUGCAAUGGAAAGAGUGAUGUUCAUAAGGAAGUCAGACCUUUAGAUCACAAACAGAAAAAUAAGACAGAUGAAGGUGUAUCGCUCACAAAGGAUCCUUCAUGCCAGACUCAAACUUCAGACUCCUCUGCAAAUGCUAGCACACCCACAGGACUUCCAGAUGCUGAAAAUUCUGAAGCGUCUUCCCAGAAGCUCAUUAAGGAAAAGGCAGUCAUUCCAAGCCCUGAGCAGCUAUUUGCUGAGUGUUCCCAGAAGAGGAUUUUGGGGUUACUAGCAGCCAUGUUACCUCCCUUAAAAUUGGAUCCCACAGUCCCCCUGAAAGACCUGGAGCGCGUCCUCCCACUCAUGUUUCAGGUUGUCAUCUCAAAUGCAGGCCACCUGAACGAAACAUACCACCUCACCCUGGGUCUUCUCGGCCAGUUAAUCAUCCGCCUUUUGCCGGCAGAGGUAGAUGCUGCAGUGAUCAAGGUCCUUUCAGCCAAACACAACCUGUUUGCUGCCGGGGACAAUUCCGUCGUGCCAGAUGGCUGGAAGACCACCCAUCUGCUCUUCAGCCUGGGAGCUGUGUGUCUAGACAGCCGGGUGGGCUUGGACUGGGCGUGCUCCAUGGCAGAGAUCCUGCGGUCACUUAACAGUGCCCCACUGUGGCGUGACGUCAUUGCCGCCUUCACAGACCACUGCAUCAAGCAGCUGCCUUUCCAGCUGAAGCAUACCAACAUCUUCACCCUGCUUGUGCUGGUUGGCUUCCCCCAGGUCCUUUGUGUGGGAACCCGCUGUGUUUAUAUGGAUAAUGCCAAUGAACCACAUAAUGUGAUCAUCUUGAAGCACUUUACUGAGAAAAACAGGGCUGUGAUUGUCGAUGUCAAAACCCGGAAGAGGAAAACAGUGAAGGACUACCAGCUGAUCCAGAAAGGAGGACAGGAAUAUAGUGACUCUCAGGCCCAACUAAGCCAGUAUUCCCAGCACUUUGCCUUUAUUGCCAGUCACCUUCUACAAACCAACAUGGACAGCCAUUGUCCUGAAGCAGUGGAAGCAACUUGGGUCCUAUCCCUGGCUCUCAAAGGAUUAUAUAAGACACUAAAGGUGAUGGCUCAUGGUUUUGAAGAGACCCAUGCUACCUUCCUUCAGACUGAUUUGCUAAAGCUGCUAGUGAAAAAGUGCAGCAAAGGGACUGGCUUCAGCAAAACGUGGCUACUCCGGGACCUGGAGAUUUUGUCCAUUAUGCUGUACUCCUCAAAAAAGGGUGUUAACGCUUUGGCUGAGCACAGAGACCUGGAGCUAGAUGAGCGAGGGGAUCCAGAGGAGGAGGUGGAACGGUCAGUCAGCAGUCCCAGUGAACUGGAACAGAAAAAGCUAGACCCUCUCGAAAGUCUGGAUGAGCCCACCAGAAUCUGUUUCUUGAUGGCCCAUGAUGCCCUCAAUGCCCCCUUGCACAUUCUCCGGGCCAUAUAUGAACUGCAGAUGAAAAGAACUGAUUCUUUCUUCUUGGAGGUUCAGAAGAGGUUUGAUGGAGACGAACUCACCACAGAUGAAAAGAUACGAACCCUGGCUCAGAGGUGGCAGCCCAGUCGGAGCCUGAGACUGGAUGAGCAGAGUGCCAAAGCUGUGGACACAGACAUGAUUAUCUUACCAUGCCUGUCCCGGCCCACACACUGCGAGCAGGCCACUGCUGAAUCAAACCCUGUGACCCAGAAGCUGAUCUCCAGCACGGAGAGUGAACUGCAGCAGAGCUAUGCCAAGCAGCGGCGGAGCAAGAGCGCUGCCCUCCUGCACAAGGAGCUGAACUGCAAGAUCAAGAAAGCUGUCCGGGACUACCUUUUUCGUGUGAAUGAGGCCACAGCUGUCCUAUAUGCCCGCCACGUGCUUGCAUCCUUGCUCUCAGAAUGGCCUGCGCAUGUGCCGAUGAGUGAGGACAUCCUGGAGCUGAGUGGCCCUGCCCACAUGACCUACAUUUUGGAUAUGUUCAUGCAGCUGGAGGAAAAGCACCAAUGGGAAAAGAUCCUGCAGAAGGUGCUCCGAGGCUGCCGAGAGAACAUGCUGGGGACCAUGGCCUUGGCUGCCUGCCAGUUCAUGGAGGAACCCGGAAUGGAGGUGCAAGUACGGGAGUCAAAACACCCAUAUAACAACAACACCAACUUUGAGGAUAAAGUUCACAUUCCUGGUGCAAUCUACCUCUCAAUCAAAUUUGAUCCUCAGUGCAAUACAGAGGAAGGCUGUGACGAAUUAGCCAUGUCCAGCAGUAGUGACUUCCAGCAGGACCGACACAAUUUCAGUGGGUCUCAACAGAAAUGGAAAGAUUUUGAGCUUCCAGGAGACACACUGUAUUACCGCUUCACUUCUGACAUGAGCAACACUGAGUGGGGCUACAGAUUCACUGUGACAGCUGGACACCUGGGGCAAUUCCAGACAGGAUUCGAGAUUUUGAAGCAGAUGUUGUUAGAAGAAAGAGUUGUGCCACACCUCCCACUGGCCAAAAUUUGGGAAUGGCUGGUGGGUGUGGCCUGUCGCCAGACUGGUCAUCAGAGAUUAAAAGCUAUCCAUCUACUUCUGAGGAUUGUACGAUGCUGCACACAUAGUGACCUCUGUGACCUUGCGCUGUUAAAGCCGCUGUGGCAGCUCUUUACCCACAUGGAGUACAGCCUAUUUGAAGAUGUGACUCAGCCUGGCAUCCUCCUCCCCUUGCACCGUGCCCUCACCGAGCUCUUCUUCGUCACCGAGAAUCGCGCCCAGGAGCUCGGCUUGCUGCAGGAUUACCUGCUGGCCUUAACCACUGACGACCACCUUCUCCGCUGCGCAGCACAGGCUCUGCAGAACAUCGCUGCUAUCAGCCUGGCCAUCGACUACCCCAACAAGGCAACCCGCCUCUGGAAUGUUGAGUGUUAGCCCCUGGCGUGGCGUGCAUGGAACUAGCUAAUCUUAAUCUGUCCACAGGGAUUUUAGAGCAGAUAGCUGAAGUUCCUGUGGCAUCAGUGCCCGCUCUCCUUGAGCUCCCACUUCCACUUUGAUUAGAAUGCCAAGCAGUCACGUCUCCAAGAGCUUCCCGUGUCACAGGCCAGACACCUCCACAUACAUGUGAGAAUAAGCAAAGCAAUGCGGACAUCUUCAAAAAGGGCAGACAGAAGGCCCUUGAGGAGGUUGUUUCUAGACAGCAGUCUUCUCCGGGGUCUGCACCUACAGAAGCUGCAGCCCUGGGGGGACCUGGAAUUAGCCUCGCUGAAAGAUUUCUAUCUCAGUUGCUCCAGAACAGCCUGCGUUUGCCCCUCAGUUGGAGACAAAGUGUGUCCAGAGUCCCUUUCUCAGCAAGACUUUCAGCAGCAGUGACCUGGCUCGGGACUCCUCUUUUGCUUUUGCUUCUUGAGACUGGAUAAUCCAAACCAAAAGUGGUGAGAGCCUCUCCUGGCCAUUACCUGGUCCCCAAGCACUGAGUACAGGACCGGGCACCGUCCCAGAGAAAUCCACGGUGAGAACAAGUGCCCUUGGGAACAGCCAGCAGGCCACCUAGUGUGUCUGCUCACGCAGUGGCUCCCAGCACAUCCACUUUAUUUUAGUUGUUUUAACAUAGUUCAGUUCCCACCUCAUGUUUUUAGAAUAGAACCACACUGACUCCCUUGAGAGGGCCUCUAGGGAGUGACCAGCGGAACGGUCAUUCUGGGGGACAACUGGUUUGUGUCAGAGUAGCAGGAUGGGAGGAAUGCUCUUUAGCUCCUCUACCUAAAGUCUUGACAUGGUCUCAGAGGAGCUCUUAUUUUAGAAGUCAAAAACAAACAGAAAAAAACACAUGAUGGUUUUAUUUCUGCUCCAUGGUCACAGUAAUCUAUCCCAUCCACCUCUGGGACGCUGCGUGGUUUUUCGGCUGUCACUUGUCAAGCAAUAACUACAUUAGUUCUAAUGAAUGCUGUUUUCCAUUUUUCUUUUUAUGGUUGUAGCCUUGCCCCGAAGUGCUGAUUAGAAUUCCCUUUCCAAAGCCCCGCUUUGGAGUGUGGAGCUGGGUUGGCACACAGGCUGUGUUCAAGCCUCAGUGGGAUGCGUUGGCAUGAGGAAAGCCUGAAGCAGCUGCCACUUAAAGGCGGGUGUUUGGACCCAGGCUAGUCUUGCCACACAGAAGGCUCAUCAUAGUCGGGGCCAAGUUGAGCAGGUUGGCGUUGCCAUGGAAACCCCCUGUGCAGGGUCUGCAGGCUUCUAGAGUGGAAGGGCCUGAGACUGCAGGUCCCAGGAGGACCUUCCUGCAUGAGAGGGAGACCAAGGAGUAGCAACCUUCUGUGGCCCCAGAGUUAGAUUCUCAGCCAAGCCUCAAGGCUGGCUGUGGAGCUGUCAUGGAAGGAAGAGUGCAAAGGAGAAAAACAUGGUCCUGAAACUUGGUGACUUAAAGGCCCAACACCCACCCUGAUAACCACAAAGCCUGGGCCUGGCCUCAUCUGCCAUGGUGUGGGGACACAAGAAGACAGGCAUUGCUGGCUUGGUAGGAACCCUUUUCCCAUCUUUUGCUCUGCCUGCAUCCCCAGAGAAGGCCCCAUACUCCGUACCACCCAGAACCAAGUAGGUCUUGCAAUGAAGAGGGAAGCCACAGAGAACAAGUGGGCUCAGACUCACCAAUAGACUGCUUGCAAGAGACAUGACGGGACGGUCCAGCCCACUGCUGACCCUCACCAUGCUAUCGACACCCCUCCAGACCUUGGACUGACUGAGUAAGGCAGGACAGAUGGGCAGGGCAGGCAAACCCCUCGCUGCCAUUGCUAUCAGCUUUGCUCCCCAUCCUCCCAUCAGGAAGAAAAACUGUAAAUAAACGCCGGACUCCUCAUAUCUUCUGUCCAUAGACCGCCCUUGCUAUUCUGGUCUCUCUGUACUUCAGUUUGCGUAGAACAAGCCUAAGUUUUCCCUUCACACACAACUGCUGCUCUCUCCUGGCAGGGCCCCCGCUGGCCUGGCAUCCCUGCAUCCCACCUCUGCUUCCAGCCACUGGGCGGCACUGCCGAGUCAGGCCCAGCUCCCAUGACCCCGGGGAGGCCCGAGGCUCCCUCCACUCCUGGGCAAGAACAGAUUUCCAUCGAGACCAACAUCCAUCCCUUUGAAUUCUUAGGAGUCGGGACUGCAGGGCUCAAACAACAAUGAGAUAAAACUGGCAGGAAUAAAGGUGUUGUGGAAACAUGUGCCUAAUCUAUAAAGAAAUUCUGUUCCAAAUCAUAUAUAUUGUACAGACAGACACUGUUCCUAAUGAGAGGAGUGACUUAUUUUCAUCAUCGUUUUUAAUUUGUUUUCUUACGGGUUUACGAUUUUGAAUUUUUCUUAUUGGUUGAAAGAAAGAAUUUUGAUUAUAUCAGCUGAGUGAGUUCAGCCUGUAAAAAAAAGAUGUUAAGUUGUGGGUAAAAUAUGCAAAUGAAGAGAAAUAUAUUGUACAAAUUCUAUAUAAAAAAAGGUAAA